CCACGUGGCGCAGCUGUGAUGUAAGAGCAAAAUCAGCUGACUGGUGUUGAAUGAAGGCUGCGAGAUGACAUUUACUUUAUUAGUCUGUUCCUCCCCUGGACCGCGAGGAGGAUGGAGCAGGGCAGAGGUUCACAUGUUCUCUCCUCCCUGAAAGUUCCUGCGUCCUAUAAUGUGGAGGAACUUGUGGUUAAUGAGUUUAGUCGCUUGAAAGGCCAGUGCUACCUUGACCAUGCCAGCACCACCCUGUACAGUGAGGGACAGGUGCAGGAGGUGGUGAAGGAGCUGUCUAGGUCUCUCCUGGGUAAUCCUCACUCCCGUCAUGCCCCCAGCGACACUUCCACCCAGAAUAUAGAAGCUGUCAGACAUAGGAUCUUGAGACACUUCAACACCACAGAGGAAGAAUAUGACUUAAUCUUCACAUCUGGUGCCACAGCUGCCCUGAAACUUGUAGCAGAACACUUUGACUGGAACCCUGGACAGACAGCAGCACCAAAAGACCCCACAGCACUCAGCACCUUAGAGAGAGACACCACAGAGCUGAAGAACAAGUCACAACACUGGGAACAGAACAAGGAGGAGGAAUCAAGUGCGGGAGCUUUUGUGUAUGUGCAGGAGAACCACACCUCUGUCUUGGGCAUCAGAGGACCUGCUCAUGAAGCUGGAUGUGAUGUCUACUGCCUCACCACCACAGAGGCAAGAGAUCUGCUCAAGGAGGAUAUCACGAACAGUACUGAUGCAGAGGAAGGUUUUGUUACAGACUGUAAGAAUGGUGAAAAUUGCUGUGAUGACCCAAAUGCAUUAGAAUCAUGUAAAAAUCAUCCUAAAAACUCCAGCAGCCCAGGAUCCUCCACUAAAGAAGCCUGCUCACCCUCACCACACAAGUCACAAGGGCCAGCCAAGAGGAGGAAUUGUCUCUUUGCAUAUAGUGCCCAGUGUAACUUUUCUGGCAGCAAGGCACCCCUGCAGUGGAUCAGGAGGGUGCAGGAAGGGGCUCUACAUGGCCUCCUCUCAACACCACCCAUCAACAGGCAGCCAGCAGGGAGGAGCAACACUGAAAGCAGAGGAUGCCCCCAAGACUCCACCUGGUAUGUGGUCCUGGAUGCAGCAAGUCUUGUGGCCACCUGUCCCCUCGACCUCACUCGCUGGAAGCCUGAUUUUGUCUCAGUGUCCUUCUACAAGAUCUUUGGGUACCCGACUGGUCUAGGCUGUCUGCUGGUGGGGCGGCGGGCGUGGGGACAGCUGCGGAAGACAUAUCAGGGAGGAGGCACAGUGUUAAUGAUAGACUCAAGAGCGAUUGUGACUGUGCCAAGACCAACACUUCAUGAAAGGUUUGAGGACGGUUCCCUGCCUUUCCUGAGCAUCCCGGCGCUGAGACACGGCCUGAACACCAUCGAGAGGCUCACAGGCAGCAUGCACCACAUCGAGGCCCACGUCCACCACCUAGCCCGCUACACCCACCACACCCUGAGGAGCAUGAGGCACGCUGGGGGGACACCCGUGGCCUGCCUCUACCUGGCCGCGGGCGACACCUGGGGACUCAACUCUCAUGGCUCUAUUGUCAACUUCAACCUCAAGAAUCCCGAUGGUUCUUAUGUCGGAUAUGCUCAGGUGGAAAGAGUUGCGUCACUGUACAACAUUCACCUCCGCACCGGCUGUGUCUGCAACCCCGGGGCGUGUCAGGCAUACCUCGGCAUCACCCAUGAGAAGCUUAUUGGCCAGUUCAAGGCUGGUCAUGUGUGUGGAGAUGCCCUUGACCUGGUUGACGGGGAGCCCACUGGGUCGGUUCGGGUCAGCUUUGGCUACUGCAGCACCUACAACGAUGCUGAUCUACUGCUGAGGAUGGUGCAGGAGUGUUUUGUGGAGCAGCCGAUGACGUUUGACCUGAGCUGGAUGGAGGGGGAGGUUGACCUAAGCUGGAUGAGACGGGAGGAAGGAUCAGGAGGAAUUGAUAAAGGAGAAAAGGGUGAUGAUAAUGAAAGGGGAGAAGGAGUAACAGCCACUAAGGAGAGACAAACUAACAAUAUCAAGAAUGGAAAUAGUAAUAAAAAUAGUUGCAUCAUCAAAACCAACCCUCCAAAUCACAGAAACACAAUCCCAUCUUCCCUCCCCCUUACCCACAAUGCCUCACACCUCCAGGACUCCCCCUAUAGACUCACAGAUAUAGUAGUGUACCCUGUGAAGUCCUGUGGUGGAGUGCGGGUAGAGGCAUGGUGGCUGGGCGGGUCGGGGCUGUGGCUGGACCGGCAGUGGAUGGUGGUGACUGGUGGAGGGGCAACGCUCACCCAGAAGAGGCUCCCCCACAUGGCUCUCAUCUCCCCACGUUUUGAUCUGGAGUGUGGUGAACUAGUGCUGUCUUUUGAAGGAGAGGCAGAGGAACUAUGCAUCCCCUUGAACCCCACAGAGCCUCUAGAUACCACGGGGGCAUCCCUGUGUGGGGGUCGGGUGUGUGGGGUGAGGGUGCAAGGCCUGGACUGUGGGGAGGAGGCGGGGGACUGGCUCUCCCGGAUGCUGGGAAUGCCUGACCUGAGGCUGAUGAUGCAGACCAGUCAUCGGCCAGGGAAGCUUGGCAAUGGAGGCUCAGGUGCAUCAGGGGAGAGCCUUUCACUGGCCAAUGAGUCACAGUACCUCAUCAUCCACCGGCCAAGUGUUCGCAGUCUGCUGAGGGAAAUCAAGAGCAGGGGACUAGAGGAGCUGACUGAGGAUGAAUUGGUGAAGCGGUUUAGAGGCAACUUGGUGACGGAUGGAGGGGAGGCGUAUGAGGAGGACUCUUGGGAUACUUUGACGAUAAAUGGGACAACUUUGCAGGUUCAGGGAUGCUGUCGGAGGUGCCAGAUGGUGUGUGUGGUGUCAGGGUCAGGGCAGCGCACAAGAGAACCCAUGCUGAGUCUGUCUGCAGCACGUGGGUCUUCCAUGCUGUUUGGGGUUCAUGCUUCAGCCUCACCAGCACCUGCCAAAGAGAAAAGGGAGCUGUGCAUGGGAGCAUCAAUAAAAGUGACCAUGAAGUAAAAGAGAUUGCUGUGAUGAUGAAGUUAUUGUGGUAAAAGUGAUGAUGAAGUAACGAUGUGCUGCCUUGAGGAAAUAGAAGGAAGGUGUGGAGAAGCAUUAGUACAAGUAAAAGAACGAAGUACAAGAUUACUAAAAAAAAAAAAAGAAUUGUAUUUAGGACCAGCUACAGAAAUGACCUUGUAAUAGAGAUAUGUCGUCCAUGGAAAAGAUGAAGCUAUAAUAGAAGUGGUGAUGAAAUAAGAAAGAUGUACAGUUCUGAGAAAGAGAAGAUGAAAUGAAGGGACAGCUGAAGAAGUCCCAAGUAAAAGAAGCUGUAGCAGUAGAAGAGAUCAUAAAAUAAGAGUUAAGUGCAAGCCUGAGAAAGAGAAGCAGUAGUAGUUGUGGUCAUGAGGUGAAAGGAGGUACAAUGCCUUGUGUGUCUUAAGAGAUAUGGCAAUUACCUCAAGAUUUCAAGUCCAUAUUAACUUUUAGGGAAUGCAGCAAGGAAAGACAAGAGAUGGGUAUGAAUGUGUAUGGAAGCAGCUGAAGCAGAACAGAGAAAAGGUGGAAAGGUUACACAAGAAGCAUGAGAGAGAGGUCUGAGUGGAGAAGAGUGCAUAUUAGUACAUCUUGGACAUAUUUUCUUUUCUUUAUGAUGCUAUUCAUUGUAUUUGUAAGUUGUAUUUAAGCUAUUAUCAAGUUUGAAGGUCACAUUGAUGUGCCACAAUGUUUCAUUCCUGUACAAGAUAAUUCUGUGAUAAAUUGUACCUGUUGUUUGAAAUAUAUACAGAGAAUACAAACCCGUGCAAUUUAUACAAUAUUUAUUGUGACAAAUUUACAUUACAUCUGGUUAUUUACAUGUUAUUGACAAUAUAAUCUAUUUUACAAUGA